AUGGAGAAAACAGCUGAAAUCUCCAAAAGCAAUUCAUUUGGAGACGAUGAAAUGCAGGGCAGCGAGUUGAAAGGUCUCAUCAAGACCCUUCCCAGGAAGAUGGCCUGGAAUGGGUUCUCUUUCUAUCAAUACCAAGGCUGUUGGAUUCCAUCAUCAGCCAUUCAAGGUAUCAUCUCCUUUCAUCGAAACUUCCACGCGAAAGCCACAGAUUUGCUACUGUGCACUCUCCCAAAAUCAGGCACCACAUGGUUGAGGGCCCUCGCUUUCUCCAUUGUAAACCGAGACCACUAUGCUCCGGCACAGGCCACCUGCUCACUUCCAGCCCUCAUGCGCUUGUGCCUCGCUGUUCUCACAAGAGGGGAUAAAAUCUGGUUGUGUAUUGUUUGCGUUUAUCCCAUCAAGUUUGACCUUUUCGAAAAUGACCUGAAUUCUAUUAAUCUUGACGUCCUUGCAAGCCCAAGAAUUUUUGCAACCCAUGUGCCCUAUAAUUAUGAUUCUGCAGUUAAGAUAGAGUACAAAAGGAGGGCUUAA